AUGACAUCUCUACGCCCCAAAGGCCCUCUGUUCUCCUUCACGCCGGCUCUCCUACCGACGGCCAAACCCCUCCCGGGCCGGUUCAUCUCUCUAGAGAAACUCGAACCAAAGCAUGCCGAAGAUCUCUUCACUGUCACUGGUGGUACUGAAGCAUCUAGAGAGGCCCUAUGGGACUACAUGUUCGAUGAGCCCUAUUCCGACCUCGACACAUUCAAAGAAAGCAUCGCGUCCAAGUCCAGCUCAAGCGACCCGUUCUUUUAUGCAAUCAUCGAUCGUUGCCAGACCCUUCCGACAUUUGGAAAAGCCAUUGGCUAUAUUUCCUUCAUGCGAAUGGUCCCCAGCCACUUGAACAUCGAAAUUGGGAAUGUGAUGUAUUCAUCUGCUCUCCAGCGCACCACUGGCGCAACCGAGGCAAUCUACCUACUAGCUCAGCAUUCGUUCCAUGAUUUGGGUUAUCGUAGGUUGGAAUGGAAGUGUCAUUCUUUGAAUGAGCCUUCGCGGCGGGCUGCUUUGCGUCUGGGUUUCUCUUUCGAGGGAAUUUUCCGACAGCAUAUGAUCGUGAAAGGAAGGAGCAGGGAUACCGCAUGGUUCUCGAUCUUGAAGGAUGAGUGGGAUGCCUCCCUGAGGUCUGCUAUGGAGAAAUGGCUGGAUGUUGAGAACUUCAAAGAGGAUGGGACUCAGAUUAAAUCGUUGCAGGACUUGAGGGCUGAGCAGGCUUCAUGA